UUCCAUCAUGUUAUCGACAGCACGUGAAGGCAGCGCAGCAUUGCUUUACUUAACAGGGCUCAAGAAGUAGCCUCUCCAACAAAAGCUACGUGUGGAGAGUAAAACGUCAUUUUAAUGUUUGUACUGUUAUGUAUCCUCUCGUUUAGACCACUACGGCGUAACUUAAGGACUUUGUGUUAUUUUCUCAAGCCCUCUUGUCAAUGUAAAUAGAGAUAAACUUCCAGCUCAAAUCUGGGAGGCAGCGAGCCAAUGGAGAGCAGAUUGCAUGGAUACAGAUGAGGCACGAUGCUAGCUGGCUAACAAGCUACUGAGGAAAUGGUGAGCAUCGACAUUAUCCACUGAAGAACACACACAGGAAUCUACUGAUAUGGAGGGCAACGGAGAGAUCAGUGACACUGAUAGCGGCAUCAUCCUUCAUUCAGGCUCUGACAGCCCAACGACACACACAAAGGAUGUGACCACACACACACGAGCCAUGAAGCUCAAACACCAGGAUCUUCAGCACCGACUGGAGCGCUGCUUACUGGAGCUGAAGAAACUGUGCAUCAGAGAAGCUGAGUUGACAGGCCGGCUCCCAGAUGAUUACCCUCUACUACCUGGAGAGAAGCCUCCGCAGAUUCGCAGACGCAUUGGAGCUGCGUUCAAACUUGACGAACAAAACAUCCCUCGAGGAGCAGAGGAGUCAAAAAUGAGUUUGGUGGAUGCUGAGUUAUCGCUUCAGAUGAAGAUAUUCGAGGCAGCACGCAAGCUCUGUGACGAAGAUCACCCGAGUAAGGCUGUCAGAAAGAGCCGCAUACAGCAGUGCAAGAGAGAGGAGAAAAAACUCAAACGGCUACAAGAGACAGCUUUUCAGCUGCGACUGGAGCAUGGUCGAUCAUCACCACUCCCUGCUUUUAAUAUUGCUCAACACGAUCUGGGUACAUCUGAUGACAGCUCUCUGUCUGAUUCUGUAGUGCAAGAUGAAGAAGUGACGAGCCAGUCAUCACAGCUGUCUUCAGGUGUCCCCUAUCCGGGCGAGAGCGAUUCUUCCCAGCCUCCUUCUGUGUCCUCACAGUCUUUCGUAGAUGGCGCCUACGUGUCUCCGCUUGUGGCUCCACAGUCACUGCCACUGACCCCAAUCCAAUCUCCCCAUCCAAGCCUCGACUCUAGCCUGAGUUUAACGUCAAACCCUGCAUAUGACGCUCCUCCCAUUGAACACUCCCCAUGGUCGGAGUCCAGCCUUGACCAACCUUACCAGAAAAGCAAGAAGUCUCGCUCCUCCUCACGCAAGAAGAGUAGUCCAGCUAAAAGUGAAUUGCUGCCACCGUUGGAAGCUUGCUUAGCACAAGCUGCCCUGCCAGUGCAGCUUUCCCAUCUGAAGCUGAGCCGUGCCCAGUCGAGCAGCACUCCCUCCACACCAGAGAUGCGUGUGCACAGACAACUGUCCCUCAGGUUAUCCAACCCUGAAUCUCCAUUUGAAAAGGACCGUGGUCGCACCAGAGGUCCAAGGAGGCGGCUGACAGAAUACGCAAUAACUCUACCAGAGACUCCAUCCCCCGGGGUCGGCUAUGUAAACCAUGCUAGCUCUGAGGAUAGCAACUCUGAACACUCGUUUACAUCUUAUAACAGCUCACCGUGUCAGGAGUUGCCCUCUGAUUUUCCCAAACAAUAUCAGUCUGCAUUCCCACACUCUGGCCCAGUUGGCAGCUAUGGACCACAAGCCUUCCCACGGACUACUGGCUUCUACCAUAAUCCCAGGCACCAGUCAAGCCCAGGUUUCCACAAAGCCUAUUAUAAUGAAGAAAUGGUCUACCCACCUGAUUUGGACUUGGCACGGAGCUAUUACGCCCAGCACAUUCCCUCUCCUUCCAACAGAUAUGAGUAUUGGUAUCAAGAUGUCGCAGUACCACACCAGAGAGUGCAGAAGCCUCCUGAUAUGAGAGUCUCGCCCUCCCCAGCUCAGUGGGACAAUCCGCUCUACCGCUCCAGUGGUCUCUCACAACAAGUGGUCAAUGAGCAGCUUAAGUCAUGGCAUCGCCGCAGUCAACUCAAAGUGCCCAGGUCCCAUUCUCUUGACAGACAGGGAGCAGUUAGAGUCAAAAACAUGUCAGCUCGGGAGUCAACUGGCUACCAGACUCAGAGGUACCAUGAACAGGGUAUCCAGAAACGGGCUCCUCAAAGAGCUGCAGAUGACACUCAAGGGAACUGGGUUAUAGAUGACGGCUCUCAUUAUGUAAGUCAAGUGUAAACCUGACCAGGCUACCUGAACUUGGACCACAAACUGAACAUAUUAACUCAGAAGCUGCAGCUGUUUUUAUCCCAAUUAACCAAAGUGAAGUAGUCAGAAAAUCAGGACAGAUCAACUGUUUCAUGGAUGUAAACAUCUUCCUGUUUACUUACUUGGAUGUGUUUAGAUAUAUAGAGGGAGGAUGAAAAAACUAGAACCUCUUUCAAUGUAAGGCAGAACAAUUACAAAAAUGUCAUCCUCCAAAGUUACUAUAAAGUCAUAUAAAACACUUACUGUCAUAGUGGAUCUGAUUGCAGAGCAGUUGUAUUUGGAAUAGCUGUUGUUUUUGUUUGUUGUACUGACAGUUAGAAAUGUUAUGGAUUGAAACACGCUACAUGCUGUUUAUCAUUGAGUGCUGUUUUAAAAUGCCACUUUUGUUUGCAAAUGAGAUGUCUAAACUGAUUAUUAAGUCUCCCAAAAAAUAGAUAUUAUCAUCAUCACAGAGUUUCUGUGUCAUUAAAUACAGGGUUAUUUUUUUAUAUGUGGAGCAGUUGUAUAAGACAUGUAAUUAGCAGUAGAGUCUUUAAAGAUAGCAGAAGCUGUAACACAGAAAUGUCCACCACCAUUGCACAUUAUACUUCGCUUGUUGAACAUGUUAAUGUUCUUAAUAUAACUUUCCUCAUGUUGCUAACAAUUAGGCCAUUGUUGAAGUUAAUCUUCAGAUGACUAAAGCUGUCAGGUGGAUUGUUGUAGGUACUUAAUCAUACAAAUAAUGCUGCAUUUGAUGUAGCUAUCUGUAGCCAACACUCCUAAAUAAUGAAAUUUUGAUUGUGUACUUUUUAACAGUUUUGUAGUUGAGGAUAAGAGCUCCUUUUCUCUAAGCUGUUUGAAGGAAAUGGUUUAAUUGUAAUAUAAUGUAAAUGAGCAAAACACUCUUUUUUAACUACAUUUUGUGUAAAAUGUUGCCUUGAUUGAGUCACUAUGUUAUUAACUUGAGCUGCUUAGAUGUAAGAUUUAUCAAAUGUGUCUUUUUAUAGUUACUUGUGUCUGUGGCUGCUCCAGUUCACUUGAAUUACUAAAACAAUUAAACCAGCUGAGACUAGAUAUUAACUCACUCACAUGAUGCUUAUAAAAUAGUAAAUUAGUUAAAAAUAGUGAGUGUUGAUGCUUGGCAGCUAUUACUGUGUCAGAUUGAAAUGUAAAUGUCCUGAGCUUUAACAGAGUCUUUCUGUGUUGGGACAGCAGAUCACUCGACAUAAAUCUUUUAUUUCAAACCAAUACCAUUUUAACCAUUGAUGUGAACUGUAAACAAAACAUCGCCAAUAUGUGAUUCACAAGCUUUUGAUGGUAGACCAUUUGAGGAAUAUUCCACUACAGCUACACACUGCCUGAUCUCUCACAGUGAUCUAUUUGAUGUGUUUAAUUUAUUGUGAUUUGCACCAGCGAACUCUUAGAAAGUCCGACUUGAAAUAAAAGAAGACACAGUCCUGAGUUUGGAAAAUCCUGCAGCAGUAAUGACUGUGUCUAGUUGCGUGUGUGUGUAUAUAUAUUUUUUAUAUAUAUAUAUAUAUAUAUAUAUAUAUAUAUAUAUAUAUAUAAGAACAACCACAAUCAUGUUACCCUGUGUGCCUCCUUUUUUACUGUCUUUUGUAUUUAUCAAUUAAAGUAGUUUAAGUGAAUCUAAUAAUAAUGUGUUCUGUUGCUGUUUAAAAAAAAUCUGUGAAAGUGUUUUCCCUGUGGAAGAAAAUAAAGAGUAUUGUUUGCA